AUGUUUGUUUGGAAACUGUGCCGCUGUUCGACGCCGCUCCUUCAACAAACCCCCUUCCUCCAUGUCUUCCAUCUCCUUUCCCAGGCAACCCAGGUACUCCUCAUCCUUCUAGGCCUUCGAAAGAAAAGCACGCCCCCAAUUGCGCAGUCGGCCGAGGAACAUUGCUUAACCCACCCACACUACUUUCCGAAGAAUCAUGGCGUUGGGUGCCGGAGCCGACUUGUUCGAGGGAUAGAGUGGUGGGUAAUCCCCACUGAUUCGUGGGGAUUUGCUGCGCUCUGUGGCCCCUUCAUCUACCACGUCACCCCCGUCCGGCCCGGGGUUGCGGUGAUAGCUUCGGCGGCACAAUCCGAAUCGAGCCCGUCGACGAAGACGUUCGGCCUAGCUCGCGGGUCCUCGCACGGCCUCGCAUUCGUCUGUGGCGUCACUUCCAUCAAUGAAAAGACGAACAGAAAUCUCCGCUGCACGGAGAGGACCUGCUGCACGGCAGUUCGCGCUCCUAGGGUACCAUUCAUUUUUGAGAGGAGAGACUACUCCGUCUGCAAGGUGCCAAACAUGGGUUCAGAGAAAUUUCCGCCACUAAGGACACAUGGGAUCCGAGAAAAGGGAGCUCCAAAAUGCAGAGCACCACGCUCUACUCCCAUUAGCAAACUCGGGCACGCCACAAACGCCGCCCUGCGGCACAGACAUGGAAGAGCAAUACGCGCGUGGGCAUUGGCAUACUCUAACUCACAGAGACUGAGAGACCCACCUCGGCCUGUCUCCGACUCUACGUGUGACAAUGCGCAUCAGGCUCCAUUUAUUUGGCCCAAGCUCCUUCUCUUCCCCCCCGUACUGCAAAAAAGAAACCUUUUUCUCAAGGACGUGUGUUUCGAGUCAGGAUGGCAUGGGCAGCCGGAUGCCUCGAACGGGGUUAGUUUGGACGGGCUGAUUAUGAGAACUAGGCGGCUAAUGCCUUUGGCUGACAUUUCUUCUCCUUCGCAAUCCGUGCCCAUUCAGGGCCCAGCCCACGAGGAACUCGAGGAAGCCCCAUAUGGAGGAGCCACAGCCCACAGGGAGCCACAUCUUGAACGAUAUCCGUUAUCAAGCCACAAGGAUGACGAGGAUGAAUUGUGGUUCCCUAUUCCCGACCUGUUCCCUUACAUCCCUCUGGCCAUCAAAAUUGGAUCUCGGCUCUGUUUGCCGGGACACACGGCAGCAGCGGUCAGACCGUCAGAAUGGCGGAUAGAAGCGAACCAGAACCUCCAAAGCCUCCAAUCAUCAUGGCUGACCUGA